AUGGCCAGAUUUGCCCUCGGGCUUCAAGAUCAUCGGCUUUACCGUGAAGGGAUAUUGUCCUUCGCGUUUGUAUACAAGUCAUUUGAAGAGGAAUGGGCUGCCUUGUUGUCCUCCGAGUCAACAACUGUUGACCCUCGCAUAAGGAAUGCCCUUCAAAGACUCUAUUCUAUACCGCUCCUGAGGACGCCUCAAUUUGCCAAAGACCUCCAAUACUUCUACGGCUCAACACCCUUCUCGACUGAGCUCCCCAACACCAUCCAACGAACUGCAUAUGUAAAUCAUAUCCGAAACGUUAUUGCCGGGAAGCCGCAUGUAUUGAUCGCAUAUGCUUAUAACUAUUACAUGGCGCUGUUCGCGGGUGGGAAGAUCCUUGGAUACCAAAUGUCAAAGGCCAAAGGCUUUUUUCCGGAGCACUACGGAAUGACAGAAGAAGAACGAAUUGGGCCUGGCAUGAACAUAUUCAAUUUUGAGAUUGAGAAAGGAAGGGAGAUCGGGUUGCGAGAUAGCUUCAAGGGUGCUCUCCUUGACCUAGAGAGCACUUUAACGGUGGAGGAAAAGAAUGACAUUAUUGAAGAGUCUAAGACAAUAUAUUCCAAUAAUGUCCUUAUCAUCAAGGAACUGGACCGACUCUGUGCCCAUAUUGUUGCCACUACAACAAUCACAACAGCAAGGAAACGGUUGUUGAAUGACAAGCAUAAGUUUCUGUUCUUUUUUGCGAUUCUCGCCUGCUUUUUGAUAGUCAAACACGUUAUCAACUACUUAUAG